AUGCCUUUAUCCAAGCGACAAAGCAAAGUGGACGACUUCUUUGCUAGUUCGAGUUCCCCUGUCAAGAUUCAGAACGAAGACAUUAGAAAGCGAAAAUCUAGCGACGAAUUAUUGGCCAUUCAGAUUAAUGAUUCGGAUGACAACUCAGACGUUGGACGAAUUGAACUCGCACCAAGCUCACAAACGAUCAUACACAUCAGCGAUGACAGUGAAGACGAAGAUUCUCUUGUGGAACAAACUCCGCAUUCGAGGCGACUGAGGCAGCGAGCCGCCACGCAAGUCGUACAAGAUGUCGAGGGGUCAGAUAGCGACGAACAUACUCCUCUCAAUAGGCUCCCUUCCAAGAGAAAAUAUGCUGUAUCGGAAGACUCUGACGAGGGUCAACCCAAGAGGCGCAGAAUCUUGAAACGCGGAUUGAGGCCUACGGAGGACGAAGAAGACAUGCUUCAUGAGCUCGACCAGGAUGUCGUUUUGGAAUCUCGGCUUCGCAAACCCCCAAAACCAUCAGAAUAUUCCAAGAACUUGAAGCGCCUCCGGCAGAAACGCCUCGCCCUCAAACCGGACGACGAGUCGGACGAAAGCUCUGCUGAGGAGAGUGACGAAGUCAAACCUAUUCCAGGUUCAAGGAGGAUGGGAGCCACCUCUGACUCUAGCGAGGCAGAGAAUGAUGACGAAGAAGAAGAUUUUAUCGUCGACGAUUCGAAUGAAGAAGGCGAGACCGUCAAUCUCCCUGCAGAGUACUCCAUCCGAAAGUGGCAACCACUUUCUGGGUCUUUCAAAAUCUUCUUUCAGCUACUGGUACAUGUUGCAUGUCAGCCGGCGCAUUUACGUGCAGCAUACAUGAAAGAGCGCCUUUCACGACAAGACGACACCACGGAGUAUCUAAAGCAAGCCGUUGGUCAUGUCCGUAGACAGCUAUCCUCCAUUCGAGACAGCCAAGUGGCCUCGUCACUCUGGACCACAGAGUUCCGGACAGCUCUGGGCAAAUAUCCCAAACUCGAGAUCACAAUCAUGGAGGCUGAACCGUACUGUGACGCUUGCCGUCGACACAAAGCCCUAUCCACGCGACGUGCGGUGCUCAGUGGGAAGCCUUAUGACCGAAGCAGUUUCGAGGAAGUUGAAGAUGCCUCACCAUCCGAUAGUGAUGACUCUGAGAGUGAUGGUGACUCCGUGGAGUCGCGCUCUUCGUCAAAACAACGUACCCUUCCAGAAUCAGACGAAGAUGGGACUCCACCCCUCUCCUUCACUCUUGGACAACACUGUGCGAGACGUGUAUCUCUAUACCAUGCGUUUAUGCAUUGGGAGCUGAGACUAUUCCGUAUCAUUGAAGAGAAGGUCAUAGAGAUGGAGACAUCAAACAGGAGAAAGCGCGAGAAGAAGAAGGUCAAGAAACUUAUCGAUACUGAUGACCCAGACAAUAUUGUGGCAAGAUUGGAUCAACGUGGAUUCAUUACCAACGAAUGGAGCGAGAUAAAGAGUUUAAUAGACCGUGCAAAAACCGUGGAGCAACGGUAUGCUCACGAGAUAGAUUAG